ACACACACACACACACACACACACACACACAUAUUUUUUUUUUUUAUCAACAUGGUACAUCAAAAUAACAUUUGAUUCCAUAAACAUACUCAAAGAUAGUAGUGUCUUCCAAGGCAAACAAAACGCUAAAUUCUGGCUAUUAUUCUUUUAACAAGAAAAGAUGACUAACGAUCUCUAAAGAGCCAAAGAUUAAAUUUAUGCAUCAUUUAUCUUUUCCUUUUUUUAUUUUUUGUUUAGCUAAAAAAAAAAAGACAUAGCUGAUACUUUUUUGUCUUGAGUCUUUUUGAAUACAAUAGAGCAUUUAUCCCAAGUGAACCUUGUUAUUGAAAAUAGCAAAGGAAGGCUAAGCCAUGUCUUCUUUUUUUGAAAUAGGAUGGUAGAUCAAGACAGCUUUUUAUAAGUCAAUUUUCCCUGAAUUGCUGGUCCGAUGUUUAGUAUUUUUAAACAGCUCACGAAUAGAGUUACUUUUUGCUUAGAAGUAAACUAUGAGUAAAGAUACACAGACUUUGGAAAGCCAGAUCAAAGAAUUAACACAUCAACUUGAAACUAACAGUGACAAUGAUAAAAUAGUAGCAAGCACACUGAUGAAAAGAGCAGCUGUCUAUGAGUCUCUUGAUCAAAUAACUCAAGCAACCAAUGACAUCCAGACUGCCAUCAAACGAGAUCCUGAUCUAAAAGAUGAAGCACAAGCAUUCAUUGCUCGUUUAAGCCAGCGUCCAGCAACAACUUCAACACACACAGGUAGUAAAGAAGAAAUCGAACGCAUCGCACUCUUUCAAAAGCACUUAACUUUACUUGGUCAUCCUGAAGAUACAUCCGCUAUUCGUGCCUUUGUUAGUUCUCAUGACUUUGUGCUUGUCUUGACAGCUUGUGGUACACCUGAGACUCCUCCUCGUAUCAAGAGUCUUGCAUUUAUGAUCCUGACACGUCUAUUUAAUCCUGAUACCAAGGUGGAGCAAUACCCUAUGCCAUUUAUCAUUGAACAAUGUGCUGCCUGUUUCUCUAAUUGUGUCGAUCAAGGCAAAACUGAAGCCAAGCUAUUAGCUUAUCGUACCUUAAAUGCUAUUUUCCAGACAAGUAUGACAGUAGGUGCUGCUAUUCUCAGUCAAGAAGGAACAGUAGAAGAAAUGAUGGAUGUCAUUGAAUUCGAGGCAUUGCCUGUUCAACUUGCAAUGACAGACGUGUUGAUCAUUGCUUCUUCGGACAAGAGCUGUCAAAAGCAAAUACUGAAAUAUGCUGUCAACUGGCUUGUGAACACAGCAGGACAACAAAAGACAGAUCCUCAGUUAAAAGCAGCAGCAGGUACAGCAUUAGCCAAAUUACGUGCACAAGCAGAUAUGCCUUCCGAUGACAACUUUACACAAAACCAAGACGCGGACGGAUCUGAUUUAGAAGAAGCCAUGAAAAGAAUGCAUCUCUCGAACGAAAUGCUGGUUGAAUCACUUACACAGGUGAUCAAGUCCAAGUCUUCUGAUGCCAACUUGCUGCUUAAUGCAGUAGAAGGACUGGCUUAUUCUUCACUUAAGCCAGAGAUCAAAGCUGCUCUGGGCAAUGAUGAAGAGUUUCUCAAGUGCUUGUCUACACUGACCAUUAGCACUACACAACAAGAUGCUGCUAACAGUAAUCCACUUUUGUUUGGUAUUGGUACUAUCUUUGCUAACCUAACCAUGUACCGACCUGUGCUUGAUGAGCAGCAAAAGCAGAUGAAAAAGCUUCGAGAUCUCGCCAAUGCCAAACAAAACAAGCCAACAGAAGAUGAUCCUCGAGAAAACGAUAGUGCAGUAGAAGACCGUAUCCAAAAAGCCAUCAAGAACGGUGUGGCCCUUGCUCUGAUGGUCUUGUCCAAGAACAGCAGUGUAAAUAUUCAAGCUGUUGCUGCACAAACUUAUCUUCAACUUGUCACACCACAAUCCGCACGAGGCCAAUUGUUACAGCAGGGCAUUAUUAAAGCUCUCUUACCUCUUUCUCGUGAUACAAACACACUCACUGGCCUUAUUGCUUCACAAGCGAUGGCCAAAUUAGCCAUUACAACAGACCCUCGUAUUGCAUUUCAAGGUGAUACUAUCUUGGAUAUGGUCAGACCUUUCCUUGCUCUCUGUAAAGAUACCAAUCAAUUGCGUCAAUUCGAGGGUUUAAUGGCAUUAACCAACUUGGCUUCUGUUGAGGAUCGUGUACGACUCUUGGUAGAAAAUGCAGAUGGCAUGACUACUUUUGAAAACUUGCAAUUGUCAAACAAUGAAAUGGUCCAACGCGCAGCUACUGAAAUGGUCUGCAACAUGACAUUUUGUGAUCCAGUGUUUGAACGCUAUAGUGAUCCAUCCAAAUCGCAGAACCGCAUUCGUCUCUUGAUGAUACUGUCAGAUCAUGAGGAUCCUGCCACAAGAAGGGCUGCUUCUGGUGCCUUGGCUAUUCUAGCCAAUAGUCCGGGCACUUGUGAUAUGAUUGUACAAGUAGACAAAUGCUAUGAAAGAAUGUCUCGAUGGAUCGAUAGUGAUGAAACAGCCGAUGUACAACAUAGAGGUAUUGAGGUGAUUCGUUUAUUGACACAGCACAAGGGCAAAUCAGCAGUCGACGCUUUGGUAAAAGAGAAUGUAGACAAGAAGCUUAUUUCGCUAGUCAAAGAUGCUCAAGUACAAGUAGUUCGAUCGGCUGCUAUGGAUGUACUUAAGUCGUUUGUUGAACACGGUGUACAACUCAAGCCCUAA